AGCAAUGCAACUUUAUUAAUGCGGAAUAAGAAGCACCUAUUGGGGAAGUAUUCGAGUCAGUUUUCUUGAUAUAUUGCUGUUACAAGUUCGGACGUGCAUCACUACCACAUGUGUAGGGAGGUGGGAUUAUAUAAAAGAUCCUGUUUCAAGAAGACAUGACGCUGUGAAGUGCAGUAACAGUCAGUAAAUCAACAAUGUUUCGUGCCACUGCUGAAAAGUUUACGAAAAGUGUAGCCUCAAAUGGCGACACCUUCAUACCAGUGAUGUCUAUCGCAAGCGCCAAGGAUCUCAAACUCCUCCAGAUUGUAGUCAAAGAGAUUAAAAGACACUGCAUUUUCUUUAAAAAAGUGAAAUACAAACCCUACAAUUAUGAGCUGAGUGAUGUACUGUUAAAUUCACAUGUACCAAUGCGUGUUGACGAGGAUACCCAAGAGGGCUUCUGUAAGUGGCACAGGACUAUAGAACUAUCCCUAAGUGGAAAAUUUGGAGUCGCUAUUCUGGAAGAAUUGGCAGAUGUGACGUUAUCAUCAUCGGACACUGUCAAUAUUGAGGCUAAUUUAGGUCAACUCAACCUUGUUGAACUGGACUCCGCUAGUCUGGAACAGGAACUUAUUAAAAGGAGGAUUGAUUUGAGCCAUGUCCUGAUAAAGCAAAUCCGUUUCCAGAGAAAGAGAGUGUUAUGUGUGGUCCAGAGUAUCGUCAAACUGGCUCAAGAUGCCGAGGUCAAGAGAACAGAUAAAAUAGAUAUCGGCGGCGGGAUAAACACCAGAGUGCCGGUAUGCUGUAUACAGGAUGGCAUUGUGAGCAGCGUGAAUGUCCAUGGGUCUUUAAGAGACAACACAGUACGUGAUAUAGGUCUCCUGAAAGGCCAGCCAAUAGCAUACAAGGUAUGGGAGCUCCAAGUGGAUAAAUACGGAGGAGGGAUUGUACCUUGUAUCACGGAGGAUAUUCCUGGUGGAUUUAUGAACAAGGAAGACAUUAUAGGCCGUCCCCCUAUACCAGCAAGUACCAUUGAUGUAAGCAAUACUGGUGGUGGCUUAGAAACUGAUGGAGCUGGUGCUGGGAUUAGCGAAUCUGGUCCGGUCGACUCCCCAGACAAAGUUAGCCGAAUUCUCCAUCCUCUGCUUUCCAUGCCAGAGAUACAAAAAGAGAAAAUCAACGAUUUGCUUUUCCAUGCUUCAACAGAAGAUUUUGAAAAGUUGGACAUUCUUUUUGACCAGGUAGAGGACGGAUUUCGUGAUCCUAAUACUGAGGACAAACCAUCUUUUCAUGGAAUCUCAGAUUUGAAAUUCAAGGACCAGGACAUUUGUUGUAACUUUCUUACUCUGGCUGGAUUUGAACUGAAGGAAGAUGAAAAUAAGAUGACAUCACCUGCAGCAUGUACUCCAGCUUUUGAAGCAUGCUGCCACCUGAUGGAGGCCAUGACAGAUCUACCGGAAGAUGUGAUGUCACUGGUCCGAGGCUGCAAGUCUAGUUUAUGUUCAACUUUGCUUCACGUGAUUGAAGAGUUCUUGAAGGGAAUGCCAAUGGUGGAGUUUACUCAACAUGUCGAGGAGCUGGCCCGCGAUCCCGUGGGAAUGGGACUACUGAAUACCUUAAACAUUAAGGUGGACAUGGAAAGGAAAAAUCCUCUGAUAGCUCGGGAUUCGAGACUCGCUGAAUGUGUAGAUGAACUUUAUUGGUGGUUGUGUGCAACACAUAUGCAGUGACAUUUCACUUAGAUAUAUCAUUUAUAGUGUCAUUACAUAUAUUGACAUCAUACUUAGUGACAUCACACUCAGUGACAUCACACUCAGUGACAUCAUACUUAGUGACAUCACACUCAGUGACAUCAUACAUAGUGACAUCACACUCAGUGACAUCAUACUUAGUGACAUCACACUCAGUGACAUCAUACAUAGUGACAUCACACUCAGUGACAUCACACUCAGUGGCAUUACACUCAGUGACAUCACAAUAAGCAACAUCAUACUUAUUGACAUCAUACUAAGUGACAUACUUACAUCACACUUAAUGACAUCACACAUAGAGAUAUAAUUUAUAGUGUCAUUACACAUAUUGACAUCAUAUUUAGUGACAUCACACUCAGUGACAUCACACUCAGUGACAUCACACUCAGUGGCAUUACACUCAGUGACAUCACAAUAAGUAACAUCAUACUUAUUGACAUCAUACUAAGUGACAUACUGACAUCACAUUUAAUGACAUUACACAUAGAGAUAUAAUUUAUAGUGACAUCACACAUAGUGAAAUCAAACAUAGUAACAUCACACUAUAAGUGACAUACUGAGAUCACACUUAGUGGCAUAUUACUCAGUGACAUAAUGUACACUUAGUGAUGUCACAUUCAAUGACAUUAUUCUUAGCGACAUACUGACAUCACAUUUAGUGACAUCAUGCUAAGUGACAUUAUUUUAUACUGACAUCACACUUAGUGACAUAACACUUGGUGACACCAUGCCAUAUUUAUAUCAACCUGAAUGGCAUCAUACUUAGUGACAUUAUACUUGCUAAGAUUACACUUAAUGACAUUAUAUUGUAUUGAUAUCAACCUUAAUGACAUCAUUCAAAGAGACAUUAUUAUAUAAUGACAUCACACUCAAUGACAUCAUACUAACUGACAUCACACUCUGUGAUUGACAUCGAUAAUAAUAAAGUGAAAACAAGACUACCAGCUGGUGGAUGUUUCCAAGGGUAGAUGUUUCCAAGACUUAAUGUUUCCAAGGGUAGAUGUUUCCAUGACGUAAUGUUUCCAAGGAUAGAUGUUUCCAUGACUUGAUGUUUCUAUGGAUAGAUGUUUCCAUGCAUACAUGCUUUCAUUACAAAAUGUUUCCAUCGGUGCAUGUUUGUAUGGGUCAUGUUUCUAUGGGCAGAUGUUGAGCAUAAAAACUGCUCAAAAUCAAAAGAUAACAUUUUUCUGAGUUUAUUACGUUGAAACUCAGUUUCUCAGUGAACACAUUGAAAACUGUUUGUAAAAUACUACUCACUGAUCAGUAUGGAACAAAAAACAUUGAGAUUUUAAUUGAAAAUUAUGAGUACCGGUAGCUGAUCAUUUAGGACAAUGUUAAAGUCCGUAUUGGACUGGCAAUGUACAUACACAUGGAAAUGUAUCAAAAACCAUGUGAAAAUGGUGGUGCUGUACUUUGUUUAUCACAAGUAAAGAAGUCAUGUCACAAAUAUUAUAUUAUAUACUCAAACUGCUGUCCAGUGUAAUAAAUGAGUGUAAUAAUACUAUGACAUAAAUUGCUAAUAUGUAAACAUGUAAACAAAGUUUUACUUUAUUAUUUUUUCAUUGUGACCCCUCUACCGAAUAAAAUAUUCGUCGGCACUUUCUUUCGUGGCUUACGGCCACCUAUAUCUUUUUGUAGUUCAAACUUUUUUGAUACCAAAUAUAAACAAACAGCAGUCAAGGAUAUUAAUCAAAUGUGUUGCAUUUAUUUUCAUGGUUCCACGUGCAAUCACGAAAACCACAAAUAUGUAUACACAGCGAACAUUUCAUGUUCUAUGGUAUCAUAUAUAUACAAAACAGAGACACUUGCUAUUAAACAGAUUGUUUUGAUACAUUUUCAGAUCAUUGUUCGGGUGUAAGUUAUAUAAAGACAUGAGUUACAUGCUGUACAAGUCACAAUUGAAUCGACCAAAGCAGGAGUCCAUCCUUAUAUUUCAAUCAACGUGUUUUUUUCAAUAAUUGGAACUUGUGAAAUCCAUUCUGAUCCUUUGUCUCAGGUUCACGAGCAUGUGCAAGUCUACGUAUUGACGUGAUGUAAAUUAUUAUAGUCCGUCAUUGAAGGACCGCCAUACAACAUGAUGAUGUACGUUGAUAGUUAAAUACAGUCAAAUUAUGUAGAAACAAAAUGCACAAACAUAUUUUAAAUGUCAUAACUAUUUUUUUGUUGGUGAAUU